AUGGCCAACAAUAUGUUCCAACGGUCCAACCCCUUUGGUGGGGUGUCCAGUGUAUCCAAGAUCGAGGAAGAGGACGAAUCGCUAGGUUCUCCCACUGAAGCUGCUUUCCACAACCCCACAGGGGAUUAUCGAGAUCCUCCCUUCGCUUCCACAUAUCCACACACAGACCCUGGAGGGCCGUCUGCUCUGCAGAUGCCAUCAAGGAGAGAAGCUGGAAGCCCUUUCCAACAUCAUAACAACCCAUUUUCCCCCGGUGGGCACCAGGCCCAACAUGCCCCCGAUGCAUUCCCUAACCCCUCCUCUACUGACACCCCUGGACUAGGAGGAGGAGGAGGAGGAGGAGGAGGAGGAGGGGAAGAAUCAUCGUCCGGCUUCCCAUAUAACUACGCCCUCGGCCGCCGUACCUCCGUCUCUGCCGAAUCUCUAAAUCCCUCUAAUUCCGGCGCUGAUUCCUGGGUUCCCCCUUACCACCCCAAAACCCCCUUACAACGAUCCCGCCUUCAAACCGCCGUUAGCUCAAACUUCCUCUUCUCCCACCUCGAUGAAGAGCAAUUCGAAACCGUCCUCAACGCCCUCGUCGAGAAACCAAUCCCUGCUAAGGGAAUCAAGGUCAUCACCCAAGGCGAUGCCGGCGACUACUUCUACAUCGUCGAAGACGGCUGCUUCGAUAUUUACAUCAACCCAUCAGGCUCCGUCCAGCAAACAACUCCAUCUCCCGGUGGGACCUGCGGCCUAGGCACGAAAGUCGACACCAUCGGUCCAGGUGGCUCCUUCGGCGAGCUAGCCCUGAUGUACAACGCUCCCCGCGCCGCCACCGUCGUAUCCACCGAGCCCAAAUCCACCCUCUGGGCCCUGGACCGCAUCACCUUCCGCCGCAUCCUGAUGGACGCCGCCUUCCAACGGCGGCGCAUGUACGAAGCGUUCCUGGAAGAAGUGCCUCUCCUCGCCUCCCUGAAGCCCUACGAACGCGCCAAGAUCGCCGACGCCCUCGACACCGUCAAGCACCCCGCGGGCGCCGUCAUCAUCCGCGAAGGCGACCCGGGCAACACCUUCUUCCUUCUCGAGGCGGGCGAGGCGGCCGCCUUCAAGCAUGGCAUUGCCUCCGGUGCUCCCGUGAAGCGCUACAAGCGCGGUGACUACUUUGGUGAGCUGGCCCUGUUGGACGAGAAGCCGCGCGCCGCGAGUGUGGUAGCCGUGACGGAUGUGAAGGUUGCGCAGCUGGGGCGGGACGGGUUUAAGAGACUGCUGGGCCCUGUGGAGGAUAUUAUGCGCAGGACGGAGUAUGGGACUGCGACUACGACGGAUAUGGCCAUGAAUGAUACCGUUACAGGCACCCCUGCCACCGCCUCCGCAUAG